AUGGGUGCACAGCCGCCGACGUCUGCAGCGUCAGACGCCGCGACGCCACCGAGGCACCAGCGGGUCAAGCGCACAUUUCGACACUACCGUCUUGGCCCGCGUGCGGCAACUGCACCGCCUGCGGUCGCGGCGCCGGAGGGUGACCAGGGUGCCGCACAGGCAGCGACGACAAGCACUGCUGGCUCCCCUCGAAAAUCGGCACCCGUUGCGCCGCAGAAACCACAGUUUCCCUCGCCACCACAGCAGCAGCAGCUGAAGAGGUGCACUGGGCGUCGUCCAGGACAGAUCUCGCGCGCGACGCCGACUUUGUCCGCGGUCAACGAUGAAGGGGAUGCAGGAGCGUCGCCCGCAGGUCUCCUGGUACCGACACCGCCACUGCACACAUCUGCGAAGGCGAGGAGUGAGGAGUGCGGCAUCAGCGCUCAGAGUGCAGCUGUGCACCAGGGACGCUCGCAUGCGACCCCACUUUCUACUCGCUGUGGCGCACCACAAAGACCCGUCCGUGCAACGGUAGGGGUGGCGCCCCACUCACUCUCAAGCCGCCCUAGAGAGCACUUUGGACGUAGACGCGUGGCGCAACCGUCCAGCUCGUCGUCGAUUCCCACCCCAACAGCACCCUCAGCCCCAGCAGCAACGGCACCUGCUCCCCACACCGGAUAUCAUCAUCGAAGAAAGCCGAACUACUCCCUGUGCCCCUCGUACGCCGCCCAUUGGGCACAGUGGCGGCGGCACCCGGUGCCAGCCAUCCGCGUGGCUGACCGGUAUCGCAGCCCGCCAGCGGCGCGGGAGUUCCGCCUCCGUGCACGUCAAGUCCGGCAUGCAUCUCGUGAGCACUUUGUAGAGGCGCUGCGCAGCUGCAUGGCCAGCGGGGUUCCGGAGGUGGUCCCCCACGGCGUCGUGGACGCCUUGGCUGAUACUCGAGACGCACGCAGCUUCGACCCGUCGCUGCAUAACUACAACGCCAUGGUGACAGACGCCUUCCACAACAGCGUCGCGGAGCGCGCGGCGCGGCUGCAGGCGACGGAGAAUCGAAUGUGGGAGCGGAUGAUCCUGAACGUGGCCCCGCUUGAGGUUGCCCACCAGCACGUGUUGGAGGUGGGCGGGUUGUCAGUGCUGGACAGCGGGCACGUGAGCUCCCCGAUUUGCAUCUCCUCUGCCCCGGAGGCGGCGGACGCGUAUGCGGCGUGCGUGGAUGACGGCUUUGCUGAGGGCGACGAGGCGAUGGCAGUAAUAGUACGCCCCUUCUCUGAUGAGCUCCUCGGCGACUCAGAGGCGCUGCGCGUAGCCGAGGCGCAGCGGCGGUGGCCCAAAGGCCGCGAGUGGGACCGCCAAGCUGCGAUCCAGCGUGCCGUGGGCCCCACGGCGCAGGAAGCCAUCAUUGACCUCGGCAUUGACCCGCGGUACCGGCAACCUGGUGAGCGUCAUGGCCACGUUAACAACCGACGGGCGUAG